GAACGUUCCAAGAACUGAUUUGUUAUGAAUAAACAAUCAAAUUGAAUAAUAAAGACGUUAAUGAAAUCACGAGUUUUUGUGAGAAAUAUUAGAUUGAGCUUUGGAACCUCUCUCACAGUGGAACGCCUGGCAAGUUCUUCAAUUUCACUUUCUUCAAAGAUGUCUGCUCUAACUAGUCUUGCAGAAAUGGCAGCUGAAAUAGUUGUUCUUGACUAUCGCCUCCUUUCGGGAAACUUGAAUUGUCUACCGAGAACAAUCCUAGAAACACUAGUCACGGCUUCAAUCAGAAAUCAGAAGAUUUUGACGUUACACUUACUGGUUAGUGAGUGGCCAUUUAAACACCUUGUCUUGCAAGACUGUCAAGGGUUUGGAGAAAUGUAUGCGGUGUUGUUCGCGUUCAUCUUACAAAAAUCCGAUAAUAAACUUGAAGUUGUCGACAUGAGGGGCUGCAGAACUGGAAUUGCAGGAACUACAGCAUUUUGUAAGCUAGCCCUUGGUCUACCUGUGUCUCAGAAUGACGUGUCAGAUAUGUCAGUCAUAGAUUGCCGCCCAUUGACUGAAACAGACAAGCAUGUUGAAUAUCUGAAAGUCAAAGUACCACCACUGACCGUGAUAAUGGAUUGCUAUGUCAACCCUGAAAAUUUUGAACUUGUUAAGCAGGGAUUGGUCAAACAUACCAUCUUAAAUAUCAAAAUAUGCAGCCUUUGUAUGGUGGAAUUAGGAAGAAGAAAAGUUCGUUCCUUGGCUUCUCUAUUAGAGUGUGAUAUCAUUACUUGCCUUGAUGUGAGCAUGAAUUCACUUGAAAACGAAGGAAUAACGUCCUUAUCAAGUUAUCUAAAAACCUUCAGAAACUUAACAGAACUCAAUCUGGGCUACAAUCGUCUGAAGCAUGACAAUACAUCUGGCAUCACUGCAUUAGCAGAUGCAAUCAAACACUUAUCAUCACUCAAGAAACUAACUUUAACAGAAAAUAUACUCGGUAGUGAGAUAUGUACAAUAUUAAGGAAUAUUGCAUCAUUUCUCACGCACCUGGUCUUAAAUGGGUGUGGUACAAGGAGUGAUGAAUUAAAUGAAAUGUGCAAUAUGCAACCCCUUCAUCACUUGGAACAUUUGGAGCUGUCAACAAAUGCACUAGUCAAUUGUAUGAAACCCAUGUCCAAGUUUGUUUGCAAGUCUUCAAAAACUUUAAAACAUCUUUCUAUUGAGGACAAUAUGUUUGUAUCUUCAAGUGUUGCUGAUUUACGUAAGAUGGCCAAGAAGCUAGAAAAGUUGGAGACCUUGUCAAUCUGUUACAACCAUUUGAUCCCUGAUGAUGUUAUGAUCAUACAGAACGUAUUGGCAAAUGUUAAGGUUAUCAACAGGGAUUGGCUUUUCUAAAAGUUAUUAUGCUGUGAUCAUAAGUACAGUCAGAUGUGGGUAGAGUUGCUGGAUGGUACUCUUCUGCAUGUUUUUCUCUACAGAUUCUCCAAUUUUCCUCCCUCCACAAAAAAAGCCCCAGCUUGAUUGCAAAUUUGAUCAUGGAUUAAGUGGUGCAGAAGUCAAGGAUGAUUUUUAUCAUAAUACUCAAUACUAUAAAUUAUGAUUACUCCAGAAAAGAUCUGAUUUUUACAGUAGAUUUAUUGAUUAAGUAAUACUUGAUAAAUGGGGUCAAUGUAACAUACACAAAUCGUAAUGUAAAGAAGAGAAUUUAUUUUUAUUCUGAAGAAAAUAAAACCAUUUAAUGUUUA